UGCCGCUGGGAUGGCGGGUGCCUUUCAGUUCUGACUGUCGACAGGUCCGAAGUGAUGAAACACCUCCAACUGCACCACGAUGUUAAAUCUGGCGGCGACAAAGAUAAGAUGCUGUGCCACUGGGACAGCUGCGGGAAGGAGAUGCAGAAGGAGAGCAUAUCGCGGCACAUCGUCACGGUUCAUUUGAGCGACAAAACGAAAUGUGGUAGUUGCGGAAAGCAGUUUACCCGAUCAGAUUCUAAGCUGCGCCACUUGAAG